UCAGUUUACACGCGUCGCCCGCCGUACGUGGGUGAAAGUCCACUCGCAAAUCGAGUCGCAAACAUUUUUGAUUGUCUAUCAACACACUCUCGUUCGUAUUUGCCAUCGCACUCGUACAACGUGUUGUUACCAACGCAUCCGUCGGUUCUUUGUGAGUCACCUUAGCAAAAAGCCGGGAAAUAUAAAGUAUUGUUUAUACCCGGCCCAACGCGUUGUAGUGUCUGCGUUGUCUGCUCGAGCGCCACUUGAAAAUUUUGUGAGUUCUGUAUUUAUGUGUGUGUGCGUGUGCGUGUUUUUGAAAUCUCUGUGAAAAUGGCAACUGCCAAAUGCAAACAAUGGCCCUUCUGAUUGCCAUGGCGUCUUUUUCAGCACCACAAUUUGUAUCCCCUCCAAGUGGCACUUUAGUUUACAACUGACUUUUUAGUGCACCACCAGCUAAUGGCUGCAGCUUAGAUUGCUGGACAGCAAUGCUGGAGCGAAAGCCAUUGACAUUAAUUUCUAAUGGAGCAUCUGAAAGCGUUCCGACCGCCACGAACACAAUACAAAUAAAUAACAGAAGUGAAUUGCAAACCCAACUCGGUUGAGCGACGACCCCUUGCCAAGAACGAAUACUCACCACCCCUUGAGCUGGGUAUUGGGUAUGUCUGGUAAGGCGCCGAGCUUGCCACAACAAUAACGGCUCAAUUCGUCUUGCCCCGAGACACCAACACCAACAACAUCAACAACACAACAACAGCCAGAGCCACAUCGAGUGACGACUAGACCAGAGAUGACGAUGGCUCGAAGGAAGCGCACAAGAAGGAAAAUGCCAACGAAUCGAAAGCGGAAGAAGACAGUUGGCACGUCAGCGUCAGGCCUGAAAUCAGUAGUCAAGUGGAAGAUUAUGAUAUCAUCAAUAAUGUUCCUUCUAUGCUACUGCUGCUCCUCCACAAGUCACGUGCUGGCUGUUCGAAGGGGUCGCCUGAUGUCCCCAAGCACAUUCACUGCACUCAGCGGCGACCUGCAUGUGCAGAUCCAAUUCAGCGAGGACGAUGCACAAAUUUCGCCUUCAACCACAACAACAGAGUCGGUUACAGCAACGACAACGACAACAACAACAACACUGAAUGUCAGCGACACCCACUUAAACAUGGAUGCGGAGGGCAGCAGCAGGCUGAACACCAUAAUGAGCACUUUAGUCAUUAGCAAAAUCAUUAAUGAUGCUGCCGCGGAGGAGAGCAAUAGGAGUUCGGUGGUGUUGCAGCGUCGACGCAAAGAGAUUGUCCAGAAUAUUCCGCUCUUUCCGGAUCCGCGACAGAACGUCACCCAGAUCACGGUGCCGUGUCAGACCUUUGUGCGCGGUGGUCUCUAUGAGAUGCAGGUGGUUAGGAAUCUCAAGACCACCACAAUCGACUCUAAUGAAGUCAGCAAUGAGCUGACCACAACCACUUUGAUGCCAUCGCAGGAUGAGCGACUGCUGCAGACGCUGGACGUGCGAUGGCCCAGUGCCGAGAUGAUUGUGAGUCCGCUUACGUUGCGCACGUAUCCCAAAUCGCCGGUGAACGUCACGUUGCGUUUUCCGGAAGUCAACUGCGAGCGUGCCCUGCAUGGGGAGCAGCCGUCGUUGCCCGAGUUUUGGCUGGAGCUCGUCUACUGUGGCAAGGAUCGCAGCUGUGCUCACAGCUUGAGUAAUGUGUCCAAGUCAAGCGUGCUCUUUGCCGAGCAGGUGCGAGGUUUUCCCAAGCUGAAGACGUUGCAUCUGGGCUGCGAGCUGUUUGGUCUGGCCGGGAACUAUGCGGUGCAAUUACGUCCAAUGCUGACCACACUGAAUGUGCCGACAACGCGGCGCUUGAUCAGCGUGGAUUGGAGCGAUGAAUUUGUGUUCAAUGUGUAUGCGAGAAGCAUCUUUCCCUGUGAUCCGCACUCGGGUGUGGGCGUCCUCUAUGAGUAUCCCGGCUGCAUUCUCGAGCAGGGCGAUCGAGUGCGUCUCUAUGCCAAGUUGCGUGCCGAUGUCGCCUCCCUGAAGCCACCCACAACACUACACUACGUUUCCGAGCAGCGGGUCAUCAAGAGCCAGCACUCACUGUACUUUAGCUGCGAACUGUUCUCCGAGAAGUAUGUGGAGUACUGUUUCGUCUAUGUCAGCCAAGCGAUAUCCGGUGCUGUGGCGGAUGUGCGCAUGGACUGUGUGCCCACCUUGCCAGUGAGUGAUUCCGACACCGGUGGCUGGGGCAGCUGGAGCGAGUGGACACCUUGCUCGACCAAUUGCCUGGGAGGCACGCGCAAUCGCUAUCGAUUCUGUGAUUCGCCUCCGCCGCGUUAUGGAGCCAAAUUCUGUGAGGGUCCAUCUGUGCAAACGGAGAAGUGCAACAAGAGCAUUGCUGACACCUGGGACUGUAUCUAUGAGACAAGCGGCCACAUGCUCACCAAGUCUAAUGUGACUGAGCUUAAUCAAGAGAUUGGACCUGGCUGCCGUUGUGGCUGCAUUGUGCAUCUGGGUUCAUCGAAACCCAAACGCAUCAUAGCUGGAGCUACGCAAAGUUGCCCCGGACGCAGUUUCUGGCUCAUACAGGUUGACGGGGAGGAAACUAUCUCCAUGCAACUCAGUUUCCUGCGCCUGCCAUGUGGCACACAGUACAUCAAGGUGCGCGACGGUCCCUCGUUGUCCUCCACAUUGUUGGUGGAGCUUAAUGGCAACGGGCUGCGGGGGGCAGGUGGCAUAAGGCGUCCUGCUGUUGAUGGGUCUGGUCAUAUCGGUGUUCCGUUGACUGUCGAGUCGACGGGGGCACAGCUUUUGGUGGAAUUCUUUUCUGGCGACACAAGCGGAAAUUCAACGUCAAGUGCUGGCUACGAUGCUGCAUCCUGCACCGGUGGCUUCAUGGCCAACGUCAGGCAAUUGGUUGCCAGAGGCAUGAGCAAUAGCAGCACAAUUCUGGCGGCGACAAGAUUGUCUGUGAAGAGUCGCAGCAGCAGCGUGCAGAAGAAACCGCUCUCCAAGAUGCGAUUCACAUUGGUUCAUCUCAGCGCCAUGAUUUUUGCCAGCAUCAUCAUUCUAAUAAGUGCGCUUUUGGGUGCCCAAUAUGUGGUGCGUUAUCGCAAGUAUCAUUUGGCUGUGGCGCGACGUCAGGACGAGGGUUCCCAUCUGCAUACGCCCCGCGCAUCCCUCAGCUCGUUGCAUGGGCCACCGUCUCGUGCCAUUUCGACGACCACGCUGCUCUCCGAGGUGAUUUAUCUGGUGAAAAUGCGACCCAAGCGUCAACUGCGGCACUCCAUCUUGCGGGAAAGCGCCGAUGUGGAGCAUGUAACUGAUGAGACGGAGUUCAAAGAUGCCGACACAGACGAGCAAAUGGCCCACAAUGGGGAGGAAGCAGCUGGUUUCGGCAGCAACGCCUCCAUGCUUACUCUACGCAAUGAACGUGCUUCCUUGACUUCCCUGUCCCCGGGUGCAGAGAGUCUCAGUCCUGUUGGCUCGCCGUCGUCAGGCGAAGCUGAGCUGGAACUGCAGCAUAUCAAUGACACUGCCAAGAUAGAUUCACCGCCCGAUCCACUGAGCUGCAAGGAUAGCGCCAAGGACUCGGAAUCGAUCAUUUCGUCUGGCAUGAGCUCACUGUGCAACAGUCCGCCACUCAAUAGCAAAAGAAUGAGCAAGUACUCGGAUCGCUACGAUGCAGUUACGUUGAAGCUGCUCAGCUCUCGACUGGACGAGAGUUUGAGGGAUGCCAAGUCACUGAACUCCGGCUCCGGUUCGCUUUGCUUGGGUCGCAUGGGAUCGCGCAGUGUAAGCGCCUCGCUGACCAACGGCUGCUAUUCGCCGGCGGCGAGCGUGGUCAGCACAGCGACCAUACGGACGACCAGCAAUCCCAAGGAGUCCAAGGAUCAACAGAACCGCAAGAAGUUGCUCACACGUCCCGGCUCCGAGUUCUCGCUGGGCAAUCAGGAGGAACUGGAGAUGGACUACUAUGAUUACAAUGUAAUCAAUGCGGGUGCAGCGCCUGGCUCCUAUCUGGGCAUGGAUCCCGCCUAUUGCAUAUGGAUACCGCCAUUCGAAGAGACGCCCGAGCGUGAGGAUGAGGAUAAAACGCCCGAGCCAGCAUCUGUGCCCGAGGAAACAAAUCCACUCUACGAGGAAAUCCAAAUGCCCAAGUAUGGACAUUAUUUGUGUCCCGGUAGCAAGGGCACAACGGCUGACAAUACGCCCAGCUCGGAGGAACGUUCGCUGCCCAGCAGCCAGCAGCAGUCGAAGGCAACGUCGCCCUGCGAGACGCAUCAGAAGAGCAGCUCAUCGCAGAAGACGCCAACCAAGCAGCCCACGCCGUACAUGUCUCGCAAGCAGCGACGUCAAGCAAGACAACAGCUGAAGCUAAACAACGAACUGGCAUUGGGAUCGGGAUCGGAGACACUGCGUCCGAGUGCAGCAACUAAACACAUAGCAGAAAUUGCUGCAGUGCAUCAGAACGUAUCGAAGAUGACGGAUAGCGUGGACUCGAGUCAAUCGAUGACGGGUUCAUAUGUUGAAAAGGAAACGCUGGUGGAGAAGGGCUCAAGUGAUCUGCAAGAGUAUCUUGCUCUGGAGGAUAUUCAGUUCGCCGAUGAAAGUGGCAGCGAUUAUGAGGCAGCUAAUCUCAAGCAAAAACAUCAGGCCAUGGAUGGUGCCAUAAGAACCAGAUCGAAAGAGGCUGCCGUAUAAGUAGGGAAGCAAAUCAAUAGCUUGUAUAUAGAAGAGUUCUUAAAUUUAGUUAAGGAUAGUAUGUGUUACGGGUAGCAACAUAUAUCAGCAGUUCGCAUAUAAGACCACCAAUAGGUUAGAUUCAGGAAGAUUUACAUUUAACUUAGGUCGGUUCAAUUAUAGGCUCGAGUGAAGCUCAAGCAUUGGUUUUCAUCAAAGAAUCAAUUCAAAUAUGUAAAUAAUUAUAUUAACUCAAACACGAUGCUAGUCAUUAGAUUAAGUUUAUGCUUUGUAUUCGUAUCAUUCGAUUGCCAUAUUCAACUUAAAAAACCCUUUAUUGCGGCCUUUUGUGAUUAUUUAUUGUUUACUUAUCAAAAUCUAGUCAAAAUUCAGUUUUACUUAAUAAGCAAGGAGCAAGCUCAACUAUCGGCAGUAUUAUUAUGACUAUCGUGUAAGAAGAUUUAAAUUCUGGAUUUAAAAAUUGGUAUACUCGUAAUUAGAAGCAGCUGAUAAAAAAGUUCGAUAGUUGAAGCGAUGAGUUAAAAGAGUAUUAUUAGAUCACUAUGUAUACAAGUUGAUAUUAAAUCCAUUUGACUGUAGCUCUUAGCCAUCAUAUAUUAAUAUAUACGAUACAUAUACACAAAAAGACACCAAAAAUAAAGUCAUUAAAUACAUUAAUUGAAAAACAAACAAAUACCGAAUUUCUACAGAAAUAUUUCUUUGCUCUGCAGCUAAGAAAUAUCUCUGUAGAGCAAUUCUGCGAUAUUGUUAGAACCAGAUUUUUGACAUGGACGAAGAAAUCUAGGUUUAUCAAUGUCUACUGAGAUGUUAGGACAAAUCUCAUCAAGAACUGAUGUGUAGACUUGCUUUUCCUUGAUAUACGCUCUCAGCUCAUGACGUUUCAGUUCGCGUUUCAUUUUUACAAUCAAUGGAUCGUCCUUAACUUUCCGAUUUGGAUGCAUCGAAGUACAUAUACAACAGUUUUGUGUUUUCGGAACACUAGUUGGCUCAUCAUAUCCAAUAAUAACUCUAUAUGGCUCCAUAACACUUUUCUUUAGUUCCAUAUCUCUUUGUUCCUUAGUUACAAGCUUAUCUUGAUUUUUCCUUAACUCGCCAAGUUGUCUUAUUUUUCGAAUCUCUCGUUGCACUUUUUGCUUAAAAUUCAGUGUUUCCUCUUGUUUAGUUGGUUUCGAUACCACGGAAGUUACCUUCGACGUUUUGGUUGAAUCGAUGCGAUAAUAUUUAUCAUCAUAGGGAUAAUGUAAAUAGCGAUUUAUGUCAAUAUUACUAACAGAUAUAUCGUCCAUCUCCGAUAUACGCAUAUCGCCUUCGGUGAAAUAUUUUCUGAUUUUAUCUGCGUGAUAAGUGGAUCCAAUGGAACUACUUGUACUUGUGGAAGAUAUAAAGCUUCCCCAAAUGCGCUUCGAAGAUGUAUAUUCAGAUUCCUCAUCUUUCGUAUAAUUAAAAAUCCUACGUUGUUCUUCCUGUGUCAGUUUAGCGAAUUCAUACGGGGAAAUUGAUUUUACAACCGGCAAUUCGUGUGAUUUACGAAUUGGAUAAG